AUGGCGGCGGUGCACGGCUGCCCUGCGCGCAAGGACCUGGGCGACGCCCAGAAGACAGAGGAGCAGAGGGUGAAGGCCUUCGAGGAGAUCAAGAAGCUGAAGGAGGACGAGAUCUUCGCGGGGCAGGCCCAGAUCGAGAAGAAGACCGAGGAGCUCGCCGACACGGACGAGCGGCUGGCGCACGCGAAGGAGGACAUCGAGGACACCAAGGCCUCUCUGACGGCGGACGAGCAGUUCUUGAUGGACCUGAAGCAGAAGUGCCAGAUGACGGACCAGGAGUGGGAGGCGCGACAGAAGACGCGCGCCGCCGAGAUGGAGGCCGUUUCAAAGGCCCUCGCCAUCCUCAGCGGCGACGACGCCCACGACACCUUCACCCGCACCUUCAACCCCGCCCUCCUGCAGACCCGCCUGCACCGCUCUGGCGACCGCCGCCAGGCUGCAGGGCUCCUCGCCGCCCAGGCAUCGAGGUUGCAUUCGCCGCGCCUGGCGGCCCUGGCGACCAGCGUGAGGCUGGACGCGUUCGAGAAAGUCAAGAAGGCAAUCGACGACCUCGUUAAGGCCUUGCAGGACGAGAUGGCCGCGGAGGUCAAAAAAAGGGACUGGUGCAUCGAGGAGUUCGACCAAAACGCCUUGGAGACGCAGCAGACGGAGUUCGUGAAGAAGGACGUCCUGGCCAAGAUCGCGGCCCUGGAGACCACCAUCAACACCCUAACUGCCGAGAUCGAUACGCUCAAGACCGAGAUCGCCGAGAUGGAGAAGCAACUCAAGGCCGCCAGCGAGGUGCGGGACGCCCAGAACAAGGAGUUCCAGGCGACCGUGGCGGACCAGCAGGAGACGCAGAGGCUGCUGAAAUCAGCGCUGGAGGUGCUGGCGGGCUUCUAUGGCAAGGGUACCACCGCGCUGGUGCAGAACAAGCAGGGCCCCCCGCCGCCGCCGGGGUUCGAGGAGUACAAGAAGAGCGCGGCCAGCGGCGGCGUGAUGGAGAUGAUCGAGCAGAUCAUGCUGGAUGCCAAGAAGAUGGAGGAGGAGACUCGCCGCGACGAGCAGGAGGCCCAGAAGGCCUACGAGGAUUUCACGAAGGAGACCAAGGACUCGGUGGCCGCGAAGAACACCGAGAUCGUCACCAAGUCCGAGGAGAAGGCAAAGGCCGAGGGCGCGCUGGUGAAGGCAAAGGAGGAGCGGGAGGCGGUGUUGCUGGAGCUCGAGCAGCUCUCCAACUACAACGCGGAGCUGCACCAGUCCUGCGAUUUCACCACGAAGAACUUCGAGCUGCGCCAGACUGCACGCGCGGAGGAGAUUGAGGCCCUGCGGCAAGCCAAAGCCAUCCUUUCCGGCUCCGACUUUGCAGCAGAGGCUUGA